AUGGCAAUGGGGUAUAUGGAACAUGAUCAAUUGCCAAAGGCUGUUGAGAUGUUGAAGAGGGCCCUGUUAGCGGCAAGAGGAAGCUGGAAACCACUUCCCAUCCUCGUGAAUGCCUGUUUGGGGUACUUGGAAGGGCAAGCAGAUGCUGGAGAUAUGAAAGAAUUGACCACUGGAAAAUCAGUCGGUGAUGUUCUUGAUCAGAUGAAAAUGAAUGGUUUUGCUGUUGACGAAGAAACACAAAAGAUACUUGCAACCAGGCCAAGCUUAUAG